AUGGCUGAGCUCACGCUAUUCUCGACAAUGGUGUGUCCUAUGCCUUUCACACUCAGGAAGAAAUUGUUCCAUUUCCUCAGCGAGAACCCAAUCGUCGCGAAAGUUCAAUACGGACUGAAAAUAACGUUUAUAUUCGUGGCGGUGCUGUUUGUAGAUGCGGUUCAAAGAAUGGUCAGAAUUGCACAAGAAGGUGCUGCUGCUAAAGCGAAGACUGAUAUGGCCGAUGUAAGGACCGAGACCAACUACGCUGCACGAAGAUUCUACGCUCAAAGAAACUUGUAUCUCACCGGAGCCACUCUCUUCUUAUCCCUUCUUCUUGCUCGAGUUUUCUACAUUGUCCUUGACUUCAUCCACGUCCAGGAGAAUUUUACAGCUCUUCAAACCAAGGUUGCGAGACAAAGUGGUGCUUCAGGCGAGGCUGAGGAGUUGAGAAAGAGAAUCAAUGAGCUUGAGGCUGAAUUGAAGGUCAACCAAGGCAAAGACAGGGAUUUUGACACUCUUAAGAAACAAGCAUCCCAGCAAAAUGCUGAGUACAAUAGAUUAGCUGAUGAGCACAACAAAUCUACCGGUGCUGUAUCAAACAAAAAGGCCGAUUAA